AAAAAAUGUGUGACAGAGCAACAUAUUCAGAAAUUAGUACAUCUGCGUAUUGCAGUUCAGAUGUGCAGUCCUGUCUCACAGCAUUCUAGUUGCCCACUAGUACUGUAAUGUCUGAGCAUCUCACAAUUUAUAAACUCAUUAUUCCUCACCGCCACCCACCCUGUUCCCCUGUGAGAUAGGGAAGUGCUAUUAUCCCUUGUGCUUUAAGUGACUUGCCCAAAGAUACAUGGAAGGCCUUGCUCUUAUUAAAUCCUAUACUAGUGCCCUAACUACAUCCUUCCUCUUCAUUUUAGGAGACUUGCAGAACCUUGGUGCUGUAUCAGAACUUUAUAAACUGUUUGCAAAUAAUUUAUAUUAGGUUUAAAAACUGGCACAGUCCUACUCUAAUGAAAUCCCAGUAGACUAGGUUGUCCUAAACAGUAACAUGGCUGAGCAGGUAAGGACUCUGCCCCUUUCCUGGCCACACUGCCUCAGUUGCACCUUUGGCCACAAGUUGGGUAAACAGGGUCCAUGGAAGUGGUUCUCAUGCUGAGGAAGUGGGUAGAGCUGUAGCUCUGCCAUGUCUGCCCUUGUCCCUCUUGCAAUGAUUACUGGAAUUGGACAGAGGAAUAAGUAGCACCCUGAAAAGUGCUGCAGUAACUUACACUACACUGUACCAAAGAGGGGAGCAGGGGAAAAAUUGACACACACAUCUGGUAAGCUGCUCCCUAGACAAAGUUGAGCCUAACAGCUUCCUCUAGCCGUUAUUUGGGUUUGUGGACUGUCUUUUGACCAAGAAGAGGAAAGAUUCUUACUGCAAGAUUUCCUUCCUCACAGCACACAGAUUAACAGAUCCACGCUGCCCCAUUAAUUACUGCAAUCAAGGUUCUCUCUUUUAUGUGCUUUGCAACAAGUUGCUAUAGUCACAGUUACAUGAUAAAUUUACUGUUUAACCACCAAGCACUCUCAAUUAGACAAUAUUGCACUGGCAAGCUCUUCAGGAGGAAGCACAUCCCCCUUUGUCUCUGACUCAGAUUUGAUUUGUCUCCAGAGCAGCAAGGGAGAGACUAGGGUAUAUCUGUACAGCAGUUGUGUAGGUGCUUCCCAUCAUGGGUAGACAGACACAUGUGAGCUCUGCUUGAGCUAGUGUACUAAAAACAGCAAUGUGCUGGUGGUGGCUUGGGCUAGCCAUCUCAAUAUGCACUUGGGGUCACAUGGGAUCGUACCUGAGUGACUGGGCUGAGCUGUCCCUGUGGCCACGCUGCUAGUUUUAGUGAGAUCUGCUUGAGCUAUCAAUCAUGUCUGUAUAAUCAUGCUGGGAAGCUGCUGUGCUGGCACACCAUAAGGGCAAGAUUUAUAAAGGUAUAGAGGUGCCUAAAGUUGGAGAUUGUAGAGCCACCUAUCUGCAGAUGUAGGCACCUAAAUACCUUUAUAAAUCUGGUCUUAAAAUUUAGUGGUGGUUAGAUUCACCUUUUCCUUUUGAUAUUUCCCAUGUUUGUAGAUCUGUGUUGGUAGCAAUGGUGGGAAUACUAAUGUAGAUUGUUUGUUUUCCAUCGUAAAAUGGGGAUGAUAAUACUUAUUCCACGGAUAUAUUAAUGGUUAUGAAAUGUUCUAAGAUCCUCAGAGGAUAGGCCCCAGAUUUAUCCCCAGACUUUCCUUGGCCCUGAAUAACCCUCUAUCUCAGUGGUUCUCAAACUUUUGUACUGGUGCCCCUUUCCACAUAGCACACUCCUGAGUGUGGACCCCUCCUUAUACAUUAAAAACACUUUUUAAAUAUAUUUAACACCAUUAUAAAUGCUGGAGGCAAAGCAGGGUUUCAGGUGGAGGCUGACAGCUUGUGACCCUCCAUGUAAUAAUCUUGCAACCCCCUGAGGGGUUCCAACCCUCAGUUUGAGAACCCCUGCUCUACUUGUUAUUGUCUAUUUCCCGUGUUGCCAUUCUUGUCUAUUACACUGCUUUCCUAUCUGCUUCAUGCAGGGCCAAAGUGUGUUUAGAUACCAGCCUAAAUGAAGAGUAGCAUAGAUUUGCACUGCCACAGGCAGGGCCGGCUCCAGCUUUUUUGCUGCCCCAAGCGUCGAGGAAAAAAAGAAAAGAAAAAGAAGAUGAUUACGUUUCUGCCGAAGUGCCGCCAAGGAAGACGGGGAGUGAAGGACCCGCCACCGAAUUGCCCCAGAAAAUAAAGUGGACUGAUUGAGUUGCCACCGAAGUGCCGUCACCACCUACCCGGACGUGCCACCCCAACAAUGGACAGACAUGCCACCCCUUUCGAUUGGCCACCCCCCGGGUGAGCACAAGAUGGUACAUUCCCUUUCUGAAUGGCCCAAAGGGCAGAGGUUCUGCACUGGCUGUGCCACUAGUGAGCUGUUGAACAGGAGGGCAGGAUCACAGAGCUGCUGCUUCCCCUCCCUGCCACUUUGUGCAGUGCUGAGUGCCCACAGAAGAAUAGAGGGAACAGUUGCUACUCUCUGAAGUACUGGAAUUGUAUUUGUGACACUCUCACAGGGGCAUCGUGGUUAAAACUGUUUGAUUUAUUAUUUUAAAUAGUUUAAGGUUGUUGAUGGGUUUUGUUCCCUAGGCAGAACUUUCUUCAUAGAGUGUGAUCCUGCACUCCAUGACUUCAGUGGGAGUUGUGUCAACUGGGUUAAGAUCGCUCUCAGGCUACGUCUAGACUACCCGCCGUAUCGGCGGGUUAAAAUCGAUUGCUCGGGGAUCGAUAUAUCGCGUCUCAUCUAGAUGCGAUAUAUCGAUCCCCGAGCGCACUUAUAUCGAUUCCGGAACUCCACCAACCCUAACGGAGUUGCGGAAUCGACAGGGGGAGCCACGGACAUCGAUCCCGCGCAGUGAAGACGGGUGAGUAAUCCGAUCUUAGAUAUUCGACUUCAGCUACGUUAUUCACGUAGCUGAAGUUGCGUAUCUAAGAUCGAUUUCCCCCCGCAGUGUAGAUCAACCCUUAGUCUUUUCUAUUUAUUUAUUUUAUUUUAUUUAUUUUAAGAAGUGGGUUUAGGGGCCAGUCCUUUAUUCCACGUGCAGGGUGAACGCCUGGUGAUUUUUGGGAAAAGCACCUUCCAGCUUUCAAGUGUUUUUUUUCGAUUAUUUUUUCUUCUUCUUGUUUUCUGCUAGGAAAUCCAUCCUUCUCUCUCCGUUAGAAAAACCAUUUCUUUCUCCUUAAAUGAACCAAAGUCAUUAAUGAUUUCUCUUUCUUUUUUUCCCCUUUUUUUGGGAAAAAAGCACUCAGGAAUGCAUUCUCACUACAGUGCCUGGUCUUCCCCUUAGCACUCUUUGAUUUUUUUGCUUCUUUUAUUCAGCCUUUCUAUAUUCUUAUUUACUUGUAAAUCCCUUAAUGUUUAAUAUCUCUUUUGCUGCUAACUUCCUUCAAAGAUUUUUUUUUAUUCUCUUUAUACUUGUCUCUCAAAGUUGUGUUUAUGUAGAGAGAUUUAAAUAUGUAUCUAAAUAUGUUACAUUGCCAUUGUAACAUGAUCGUCGAAGACUUGAACUGAAUUCAUUUUGCUGCAUUAUGUCAAACAGUUUCCUUAGCAUUCCAUUGGGAGCAUUGCUAUAUGUACCCAAUUCUGUGUAAUGCUGAUUGCCCCUUUAUUGUCACUGAAGUCAGUGGCACUUCUUAUGUAAGUAAAGGUAAAUAGGAUUAGACCCUUAAUUUGACAUUGUGGCUUUUCUACAUUUACAUUAGUAUGUCCCCUCUCUUUGAGCUUUUUGCACUGAUGUAAUUUUACCAUCAUCUAGUCAAGUUUUAAUCUCUAAUAAUUAUUGAAAAAUAAUUUUAAGAAGUGGGUUGUUUGCCAGGUUCCAGCCUAAUGUGGAAAUGAACUGGCCAAGAGAUUAAACCCUGAGGAUCUAUAUUUAUAAUGGAAAAAGCUCUUCAGAUUUUUAACUCUAGCUGUGCUGUUGAUAUUUCUGUAAGAAACUUUACAUUGCAAGUUACAAAUAAAUGUAUGAGCCCUUUGUUAGAGACUAGUUAAUUGUUAGUAUAAUGUGGGCCACAGUUGUUUGUGGUGACAAAAAGGGGGGAGUAGGUUUUUUUAAUGAAUCUGCCUUUGCACAUCCAAAUGGCUCCCUAAGGGCUUUAUCGGCGAUACUGACUACAAAAAUGCACAUGGGACUUAAUCCUGAGCUGUGCCAAGCAUGAUCUUGACAAAGCUUGUGCUGGGGUAAUGGGAAGGGAGACAAAGGGGUCUAAAUCACCUUUUAUGUCCUCCUUGAUCACCUGUCCAACAAUGGCCGAGAUCAGUCAGAAUGCAAAGGAUUUAUCUCUGAUCCUUGUCCAUCCCUGAUGUGCCUCCUGUGCAGAGGGUAGGAGAGCCAGCGACAAUGACUUCAGAACACCUGGGGAUUCCCAUUGGCAAGGUGACUUUUUGGCUGUUCCUUUAGGACCAUGGAGGAAAACUCUGAUGCUUAAAGUAUAUAUGAAUUACUUCUCUCGGCACUGAAGUGCCAUUAUAUACCGAAGGGUUAAAAUGUGACAACUGUUUAAGAGUAAACAGCAACAACAUAAUAGACCAAUUCAGGAGUUAUAGUGUAGAAUUUCUGAAUGUUCUUCUCCCUCAACAGGCAUAGAACUUCCCUUUGUCAAUGGAUAGUUCCAUAUGGGUAAAGAAAACAGAAAGGCUUGGAAGAGACCAGCCAUGUGGAGAAUUGAGUAUUUACAUUAUUGUGCAGUGUGUGGAGUUUCUGCUCUUUAAACAGUGGCAUGCUUUACUCUAGAAGUGAAAAAUACUUUGGCCAAUUGCAAAAAUAGGGGAAAUUGGGGUAGAGGAAGAAUGUAUUAAUUACAUACAUUGGAAUUUUAGUAGGACCCUUGACUCACCGUCUUUUGAAUAUCAGCUGCUGAAAUUAAAGCAAUGCAGGAAAAUUGUGCUCUGGUGAGAACGUGUGUAUGGUUAGUUGGAUCUAAAUGGUUACAAAGGGGUUCUCUGUUAGUGAGGGGGAGGGGACAAUGAGAAUGCAUUUCCAAAAAAGUACAUUCCCAAAAUAAGCAGCUUACAUCAUAGACCUCUUCAGUUUUCCCACACUUCUUUCCUAAUUAUUGUGCUGCAGGACAGCUGAUCUAUUUCAAACAGGAAGUUGUUUACAGAUAACACUUGCAACUGUUCUGUCUGAUUUGUUGAACUGUCCAAAAGCAAAAGACAACAUCUUUUCAAAUUAAAAACUGUCAGAUUUCUGUAAACAGCAGCAUGAGGGUCAUCUGUGCAAUUUCCCUGAAGGCAGAGUGUGCUCUGCAGUCCCCAUUUUCUCAGCAAUCAUAAGGAGUCAGUGACCUGCAAGCACUCAUUAUGAAGAGAGAUCUGUUUUUUCUGGUGACUCUAAUUAGCCUUGCCUUCCUGUCACUGUUAAGAUCUGGAUAUCCUCAACAUAUUGCAGAAGAGUCUUGCUCUGUUCAGAUUCUUGUUCCAGGCCUCAAAGGGGAGGCUGGAGAAAAAGGGGAGAAAGGUGCUCCAGGGCGGCCGGGGAGAGUUGGACCUCCAGGAGAAAAAGGAGAAAUGGGAGACAAAGGACAGAAGGGCAGUGUGGGUCGACAUGGAAAAAUUGGUCCCAUUGGUUCAAAAGGUGAAAAGGGAGAUAAUGGGGAUAUAGGGCCACCUGGUCCUAAUGGAGACCCAGGCAUCCCUUGUGAAUGCAGCCAGCUAAGGAAAGCUAUUGGGGAAAUGGAUAUCCAAGUGGCUCAGCUGACAACUGAAUUAAAAUUCAUAAAAAAUGCACUGCCCUCCCCCGCAGCUGUCGCUGGUGUGCGUGAGACAGAUAAUAAGAUAUACCUACUGGUGAAAGAAGAGAAAAGAUAUAUGGAUGCCCAGCUCCACUGCCAUGGAAGAGGAGGAACACUGACCAUGCCAAAGGAUGAGAAUACCAAUAGUCUGAUUGCUUCUUACAUCAAUCAAGCAGGGCUCACCAGAGUUUUCAUUGGGAUCAACGACCUGGAAAAAGAGGGCAAUUUUGUGUAUUCUGAUCGAUCACCCAUGCAGACCUUCAACAAAUGGUGCAGCGGCGAACCCAAUAAUGCCUAUGAUGAGGAGGACUGUGUGGAAAUGGUGGCCUCUGGUGGAUGGAAUGAUGUUGCCUGUCACAUUACAAUGUAUUUUGUUUGUGAAUUUGACAAAGAAAAUGUGUGAGGAUGUCUGCUCCGGCCCCCUUCCCCGUUUGAAGCAGAUUGUAUAACUUACCCCUUGUUUAUAAAGUACUAGUUAUAUUUUACAAGUAUAUAACAUCAGUGUUGUACAGCUGUAAAUAUAAUUAGGUAUUUCAAAUAUCAAUAUUUACCCUUCAGAAGGGAAGAGCAGUGUUAAAUAAGACAUAGUUUGUCUUGCCCUAAGAAAAUAUGUAUCUAGAUAAGGUCCAUAUUCUGCCCUCACUGCAAUUAAUGAAUGAGGUUGCAUGACAGCAAUGGAGGGCAGAAUUUGGCUCUUUGAUAUUAUAGACGUAGAUUCUUGAUAUUGUUUUAUCUUAACAUUUUUAAUUGUUAAUGUUAAUUGCUCAUACUGGUUUACAAAGAUGGCAUUUCUGGCUAUUUCAAGCCAUAAGGAAAAGUUUUUGUAUACUCUAGCUACUUAAUACAACUAUUGCAAUAGGGUUCUGAAUGGGCAGGCUUUGUACCUGUUUCUGUGACACAUACACAAGCCAACCAAUCCAUUAGUUCUACCAUUUUUGUAACAUCUUCUUAUUAAACUGUUUACAAAUAACAACACAGACACACACUUCAGGGAGCGAACUCAUUUACAUUGCCUUGGAGUGUCUAAAUGGCUCAUAAUUCAGGACUAGAUGGGGAUAAGCCAACUUUGUGUUUCUUCAGAAAAUGCAAUGCCAGGUUCUGUUUGUUUUACGCGUUGUUUAACUGAGGGUGGGACUGUGCAUAAACUAUUUGAGUGAUAAAAGAAUUUGCCAAAGGAAGCUAGUACUCUGAAGUUGUAUUUGAGCCCUGCUGGAACACUCUUGGAUGGCAUUCCAGCACUCUUUUUGGGAGCAGAAAUGGCAUUUUAUGACCUUUCAGAUAUUUGCAUUAUGGCACUUCUCAAGUGCAGCACUCACUAGUCUAUUUUUGCUUAAGAUAUUCAUGAUUGAUAUUUUUGGUUAUAAAACACAAGGAGGGCUUCCUGAGUACAUCAUGAGUCUCACGAUACCUUUGUUGUCCAACUGUUCCUUUCAUUGGGACAAAUGCUGAUGUCUUCACUUAGCUUUCACUCUGUCCUUAACUUGAUGUCAGCGGAAGAUUGGCCUUAGUAAGGACUCUAAAAAGGGCCAAAUUCUCUGCAGGCAUAAAUGAGCACAGCUCCAUUGACUUCAAUGGAUUUCAUUUAUUUGUCCCAGCAGAGAAUUUAUCUCUGAGUAAGGACUUCAGGAAUUGGUCCUUUAUUUUGUUCUUGUGAUUACUACUCUUCAUGGCUAUAUCUUCUCUUAAAUAAAAUCUUAUUUAUUUAAAAAAAAAUUUCAGUACAUCUAUAAGGAUAUAGUUCCAAAGGAAUGCAGUAAGUCAUUUUGCCCUACUUAUUUGUGUAUUCAAUUCACAACUGCAUGUGACUGAAAAAUGUGGUAUAUUUUUGAAGAGUAUAACUGGACAAAAAGAGUUAUGAAUAUUGGAUAUUUGUAGUGGCCUGUUGCAAUUCCUCUCAUCUUUUACUCAACCGCUCUACAUAGGAAGGUCACUGGGAAACCUCUAUCUAUUGUGUUUUUCAGACAGUGUGGGUAUACAAUGAUUUAAAUAUUUUUUUAAGGGUAAACAACACUAAAUAUGAAACAAUCCCAAAGCAUGUAUGAUCAAUCUGGAAGAAAUAUCUAGAAGAAACUGAAAACAGGCUUGGUGUGUGAUUUCAGAUAGCCUCCACAUAUUAGGCAAAACCAAAUUAAUAAGCUACUAUACGGUGCUACAGUUAAUGGAAGAUUACUGACCAUAGGACUUUUGCUCAGUUCCUCAAAGCAUGACAACAUUUGAAAUUACAUGUUAAUUUUAUUCUCAAUGAAAUAAACAAUUUCACCCUGUCACACUAACUGUUGUGAAGUUGAACCUGUUAUAAAGGUUUACUCAUGAACUCCUAAAACUGGUAGAAUAUUAUUUUAAUAUAUGAAAAUCAUGCAGGCCAUAGUGCUAGAGAGCCAUAACCCUAAAGAACAAUUCAGAUGGUGACUGGUUCUGUUUGCCAGCGUUUCCUUCUGGUACAGGUAAAGUAUGGCUCAUGUGUGUUUGGCUCUUCCAGGGCUUUAACUGAGAUCUCAAAUAAUCUUGGUGUGAUUGUACACUUACGUACAAAGGUUCUUUGUCUAUAAAAUCUGAGAAGGGCUAAAAAUGUAUUCCUGUGGGUCAAUUUGCACCCAGGGAAUAUUCCCUUUUGAAUUUUGUAGUGGUUUGCCUCCUGCUAAUAAAAAUCAUCAGCUAUGUUUGGGUCAAGUCAUUGUAGCUGUAUGGUAAUAAAUUAGGGCAAUCUAAGCCUGGCUUUCACUUGACUAGAGCUGCCUGCCUAGGAUGGCACUUGCCCACAUAAAAUAUCUUGAAGACGCUUUGUGUGCCUAAGCUGUCAGCUUUGCCCACUCUUUACCCAUUUUUGCAAGAUAUUGAUGUGGUGGGUUGAUUCUGCUUGUAUGAAUCUGUACCCUCUUUGCAGAUUCCUUUGGAUGAGCUAGAAAACAGGCCUGCAUGCCUAAAAGCCUUACUUGAGCUGGGCAGCAGGCACACAACAU